GCGGUACUUUUGCAAGAAAGGAACACGCAGUGCAUUCUGGGUAGGGCACUUUGAAGCCGGCCAUAUUGCUUCAUCGUCCUGACUGAAGGAGAGAGGGGAGAUGAAGGGGAUUCGGGGAAUAAGUCGGUUGUCGACGAGGCUUUACGCAGCUCAGGCUGCCCGUAAGGUGGAGUUCAGUGGUGCCGCCGAGCACGUUAAGUUUCAGCCGCAGGAUGUGCAGGUGACCAAACUGCCCAGUGGACUGGUGAUCGCCUCACUUGAGAACUAUUCCCCAGCCUCCAAGAUCGGGGUGUUCAUCAAGGCUGGUUGUCGUUAUGAGACCCCUGACAACCAGGGGGUCACCCACCUCCUCCGACUGGCCUCCAACCUGACAACCAAAGGAGCUUCAUCUUUCAAGAUAUGCCGUGGUGUUGAAGCUGUGGGAGGCAGCCUGAGUGUGACUUCAUCCAGAGAGAACAUGAUCUACACUGUUGACUGCUUGAGAGAUGACAUUGACACGGUGAUGGAGUAUUUGAUCAACGUGACGACAGCCCCUGAGUUCCGGCCAUGGGAGGUGUCAGACCUUACACCCAGAGUGAAGAUGGACAGAGCUCAGGCUGCUCACAGCACUCAGAUAGCUUUGGUCGAAGCCCUGCAUGGAGCAGCCUACAAGAACGCCCUCUCUAACUCUCUGUACUGCCCCGAGCACAUGGUUGAAAACAUCCGGUCUGAACAUCUGCACCAGUUUGUCCAGAACAAUUUCACAAGCGCAAGAAUGGCUCUUGUGGGGCUUGGUAUUGACCACGCUGUGCUGAAGCAAGUAGGAGAGCAAUUCCUCAACAUCCGCAGUGGAGCAGGCACCACAGGGGCCAAGGCUCAGUAUCGUGGAGGUGAGAGCCGUGUGUCCAGCACCAGCAGUCUGGUGCACUCAGCGGUGGUGAGCCAGUCAGCAGCAGCGGGCAGCAGCGAGGCUCUGGCCUUCGGUGUGCUGCAGCAAGUACUGGGAGCUGGUCCACAUGUCAAGAGGGGAUCAAACGUCUCCAACAAACUGGUCCAGGGUGUUGCCAAGGCAACCGCUGACCCCUUUGAUGUCAGUGCUUUCAAUACUAGCUACUCUGACUCUGGUCUGUUUGGGGUCUACACCAUUUCCCAGGCUGCAGCUGCUGGUGAUGUGAUUAAGGCUGCUCUUGCCCAGGUGAAGGCUGUUGCUGAUGGUGGAGUCACAGCUGCUGACCUGACUCGGGCCAAGGCCCAGCUGAGGGGACAGUUCCUGAUGUCUCUGGAGACCUCAGAGGGUUUUCUGGAGGCACUGGGCACUCAGGCUCUGACUGACGGAACCUACAUCUCCCCUGAGGAAAUCUCCAACAACAUUGACAAUGUCUCCUUGAGCGAUGUUGCCAACGCUGCCAAGAAAUUCAUGUCUGGGAAGAAGACUAUGGCAUCCAGCGGCAACCUCAUAAAAACACCCUUCGUGGAUGAGAUCUAAAGCCCCCCUCGCCACGUAGUACUCUUAUCUAACUGAUGACAAAGCAAAUUUUGUCCCCUUCUACAUUUUGACAAAAAACAGAAAUAAAGCAGAUUUCAUCAUCACCACAUUUUGCAGUGUUGUUCUGAGAGAUAUAAUGUCAUAACACCACUGGUUAUUUAUAGGUGUUAUAACAGAAUAUUCUUCAGUGAUGCUGCUCUGGUGCAUCACAAUGUUCAUCUGUCCACAUUAACUGUAUAGCUCAUGUAAAAUAUGAAUAAAUUCUAUCUACCUUA